GGGGGCAGUUCCCGAGCGUGGUGACUCGGAAAGAGGAAGCAGAGGCGCAACUCCUCACGUCGCCGUCGCCCUGACUCGGAAGGAAGCUGAACGCAGGUCGAACGUGCAGGAGGUUUGACGAAGAUAGUGUCAAGUGAGUCACUGUGCUCGUGGAGAACCUCCGUCGCUGGCACUGCAGACGAGGGGAGAAGGCUACGACCACAGGGGGUGGCAAGAGCGAGGAAGUCGAACGCGCACGCAUGCAAAGCAGCGAAUGAGGCAGCGCAGAGAAGCGGGUGCAAGGAAAAGAGGCGUAGAUGGAUCAGAAGAGAGAGAAGACUCUGGAAAACGAGCGCAAGCGGUAGGACAGAGACACAGAAGCGAGAGCGACGCCGCACAAGCACACCCACAGACGAGCGAACCCAAGAAUAUCUGCAUGCUGAGGGGUGCUCGGCAGGAAAGAGAUGCAGGUGAUUAUUUGCAUUUUGAGAGUGCGGAGGCAGCGCAAGGCAUGCGCGAAGGUUGCAUGGGUUUUUAAAGAGAGCAAAAAAUCGAUUGAUGGACGACACGACAAGGCUUUCCAGAAUUCCGAGUCGACAG